GGCGGGACUUCCGGCAUGUGGGGCCGGCCGGGUGCGGCCGCGGCGAGCGGGACCGAGCGCCGGGAGUGGCCGCCCGGCCCCGGCGGGAAGACUCCGAGUGCUCGGGCGCGGGAGACCGGCUCUGGAGGGCAGGGCCCGGUGAUGUUUGAGGAUGUGGCCGUGCAUUUCUCCUGGGAGGAGUGGGGUCUCCUUAAUGCCACCCAGAGGGGCCUGUACCGUGAUGUGAUGCUGGAGAACUUUGCGCUCGUUAGCUCACUGGGUUGUCUGUGUAGAAUGAAGGAUGAGGAUGCCCCUCCCAAGCAAGUGAAGAGUUGCAGAGUCGACCUGUCAGAGAAGCCUUUUGUGUAUGAGAGGUUUGUGAAGGAUGGCCCAGUCACCACAGGCUUCCUCCAGCACCAGGCCACCCCUGGGAAGCUGUGCAGCAGCACUAGGCACAGAGCAGUCUUCCCAUCCAGCUCCAGCUGUGGACAGCAGCAGAGAGUCGGUGCUGCUCAGAAACCCUUCAAGUGCAGCAGCUGUGGGAGAAGCUUCCUGAAGGCCUUUGCUCUCCUCGACCACUUGAUAACUCAUUCUGAAGAGAAACCUUUCAGGUACCAAACAGGCAGAACUGCCUUUGAGGAGAAGUCAACUCAUAUUAAUCACGGAAGAAUCCACACUGGAGAAACAUCCCGUGUGUGUGAUGAGUGUGGGAAGGCCUUCAGUUACCCUUCUAAACUGAGGAAGCACCAGAAGGUUCACACAGGCAUAAAACCUUUUAAAUGCAGUGAAUGUGGUAAAACCUUCAACCGCAAAGAUGCACUUGCUCUGCACCAGAGGAUUCACACUGGAGAAAGGCCUUAUGAGUGCAGCAAAUGUGGGAAGGCCUUCAGCGUUCUGUCCACCCUCAUUCGACACCGGAAAGUUCACAAUGGAGAAAGGCCCUAUGAGUGCAGGGAAUGUGGGAAGUUCUUCAAAUAUAACAGUAGCUUCAUUCUUCACCAGAGAGUUCACACUGGAGAAAGGCCUUUUGAAUGUGAGCAAUGUGGGAAGACUUAUGUGACCCGUUCUGGCCUGUAUCAGCACUGGAAAGUUCACACUGGAGAGCGGCCCUAUGAGUGCAGCUUGUGUAGGAAGACCUUUACCACCAGGUCCUACCGCAACUGACACCAGCAAUUCCACACUGAAGAUAGGUCUCAUGAAUGCCCAGAAUGUGGGAAAGCUUUCAAGCACAGUUCUACCCUCCUUCAGCAUAAGAAAAUUCAUGUUGGAGAAAGGCCUUAGGAGAUCAGGGCAUGUGGGAAAGCCUUCAGUGACUGGCACCUUGCUCAACACAAGAAGACUCAUUCCAGAAAGGAGAGCAAGAUGGCCUUUGUGCUGGUGGUGGUGGUGCACACCCGUAAUCCCAGCAACCAGAGAAGAGGAGGCAGGAAGAUCGCAACAUUUUUUUUUUUUUUUUGGAGAGGGGAGUGCCAGGGAUUGAACUCAGGGGCACUCAGCCACUGAGCCACAUCCCCAGCCCUAUUUUGUACUUUAUUUAGAGACAGGGUCUCACUGAGUUUCUUAGUUCCUCACUUUUUGCUGAGGCUGUGAACUCAGAGGAUUGCAAAUUUGAGGUCAGCCUCAGCAACUUAGUGAGACCCUGUCUCCAAAUAAAAAAAAAUAUAAAAGGCCGGGUGCAGUGGCACAUGCCUGUAAUCCCAGCGGCUCAGGAAGCUGAGACAGAAGGAUCAUGAGUUCAAAGCCAGCCUCGGCAUGACGAGGUACUAAGCAACUCAGGGAAACCCUGUUUCUAAAUAAAAUACAAAAUAGGACUGGAGAUACAGCUUCAUUGUCAAGUGCCCCAAAUUCAAUCCCUGGUACUAAAAAAAAAUAAAAACAAAAAUGAUGACCUUUAUGAGGAUGCUAACUGAAGGAAGCCAAGCCUUGAAUGUCCCACCAGUUCCCUGGGGAGAUGGCCAUGUGUACCAGGUGUGUGGAACUCUUGGGAGCUACAUUGCACUCUGACCUGCCUGGGGCUGUUGACAUGGUUAUCAUUGCCAGUUUCUGUGACUGAAGUCAUCUCCCCUUCACCACCUGGCAGGUCCCCACAGUGUGCAUGUGUCACCUAGUUUGUGCAGGAAAGCUGACCUCAGGACCCCUCCCUUGAUAGAAGAGAAUUACCAAUGGCAGAGCCCAUAGCAGGCCACUUUUCCUCCUCUUGCCAGGUUAGGCAAGUACAUGACCCAGCUCUGACCAGGAGAAGCUGAGCUGGACUCUGCUGGGCCUCCUCAGGGGUAUUUCCCAUUCUCACAGAAACCAUUGAAACUAUCAGUGUGGUGCUUGCCACACCAUGGUACAGGCUACUUCCUGCUGCUCUGGAAUAUGGGCAGUGAGUUUGACACCUUUCAUACUGGGGGUUCUGAUCCCUUGUAUGGAAAGAGGGUGCUAUGAAUGAAGCAAGUUGCUUUUGUGGGGCUCCCUACUUUUUGUCUUGCCCUCAUGGCACCAAGAGAAUAGCUGUAGUUGAGGUUGGCCUCAUUUGCACUGGUUCCUGAGUCCUUUAGGGAAAGACUUGUAGUCUGUCUGGCUUAUUUGUGGGUCCAGAGCUCAGCCUGAAGAAGGCAGUGGUGGGUAUGAGGGCCUCAGUGUGUCUAAGGACAGCAAAAGGUCUCUUGUUCCCAGGGAUUUGUCCAUAUCUUCCAGCUGUGUUCGGAAGCCUUUGCAGAAUCAGCUCAGAAGCCAGAUCUCUAAAAUCUAGGAUAUGUAGGUAAGUUCCAGAUGAAACCAGUUGGGUAAGGUGAGUGAGUGCAGAAAUACUGAGUGAAGUAAUAUAAACGGGGUCUAGGAAAGUGGAGGGCCUGAGGCACUCGUAGGGAGACGUUCGCAGUAUUCCAGCAACUGUGUUUCCUGGGAGGAUUCCAGACUCAUCAGGAAUUGCAGGCUGUUCUCUGUGGCCAGGAACGCUGGCAGUCCGUGAUCUCCAGGUUUUUGAUUCUGAGCCUCCUUGAGCUGUUGUCCUGGGACUGAGAGAAGGAAGAUCCAGUCCAUCUGGGGAUGUGGCUUCUGGGUUGCAGCUGGUGCUCCCGUGUCUCCGGAUACUGUGGCCUUCAUCGCUGCACAGGUUUUCAGCCAUGGUGGCCGGGCUUUCCCUCCAGAGCUCCACGAAGAGAGAUGGUAGGAUCAAUAUAUGGGUCAGAUCUUCUAAAUUGUGGGGUCUUGUGAUUUAAAAAAAAUUGGAAACUGUUUCCCCAAAAGAUAAAUAAAAUGUCACUUCAGCUAAA